CAAGGCCCAGCUUUCCGCCCAGCAGAACCCGUGUGGCACAGCUGGGACCCAGCACGUUGGCGGAAUGGACCCGUCCUGGGCCACUCAAGAGAGUGAGGCGGUGGCAGAGAAGGUGCUCCGGUACCGGCGGGACGCGUCGGGCUGGAAGAAGUGCCGGGAAGGCAAUGGAGUUUCAAUUUCCUGGAGGCCAUCUGAGGAGUUUCCAGGGAAUCUGUACCGAGGAGAAGGGAUUCUGUGUGGGACACCAGACGAGGUGUGGGAUUGCAUAAAGCCAGUUGCUUCGGGCCUCCGGGAGAAGUGGGAUGAUAAUGUGAGCAGCUUUGAAAUUGUCCAGAGCAUCACAGAUAUGCUGUGUGUGAGCAGAACCUCCACGCCCUCAGCUGCCAUGAAGCUUAUUUCUCCCAGGGACUUUGUGGACUUGGUGCUGGUGAAGAAGUAUGAGGAUGGCACCAUCAGCUCCAAUGCUACCCAUGUGGAACAUCCAUUGUGUCCCCCAAAGCCCGGUUUUGUGAGAGGAUUUAACCACCCAUGCGGGUGCUUCUGUGAACCACUGCCAGGGGAGCCCAACAAAACCAACCUGGUCACAUUCUUCCAGACAGACCUGAGUGGCUACCUCCCUCAGAGUGUGGUGGACUCCUUCUUCCCUCGAAGCAUGGCUGAGUUCUACCCCAACCUUCAGAAGGCAGUGAGGAAGUUCCAUCACUGACAGUCGCCUAUUGGCAGGGAUUGCCUAUGGUCCUUCAGGAACUACAGCUGUUGAGCCUCAAAGAACACGGAAGAGCUGCUGAGGCCUCUUGAGAUGCCAUAGUUAACAGCAAAUCUCAGGGUUCCAUUCCAGAGGAGCAGCCCAUCCUUCCACACCACCCUCCCUCCUCUUGGGCUUGGUGUGGAAAGAGCUAACCAUCAGCUUGAUGUGGUGCACACAUAGGCCUGGCAGGCCAGGGCAGGUUCCACUAUGGCCACCUGAGAGAUGGCUCACGUACUCUUUGAUUCCUUGUGGUCCAGAGCCCUGUGUGUUGGUUGCUGUCAGACACCUUGUCCCUGUGUGGGUCUUAAAGAAUCAUCAUCCAUUCUGAUCACUAAAUCCUGCUUCCUCUGGCAUCUGGAGUUCCCAGACUCCUGUGUUCCCUUUCUGGAUAUGCUUUUGUAUACAAAUUUUUAGGUACAAAACUUUCCCCCUUUACAAAAGUGUCAACUUGGAAAAUGAUGUUUUAAACCACAGGAUAAGCCUUAAGGAAAAAUACUUUCAAUCUA